UGGUAUUGUAACUUCGAAUGCUCUUGUCAGUAAACAGCAGCAGCUAUGACAAGCCAUCUGUUAGCUCUCCUGCUCUUUCCAAUUGCCCUUAACCUACCACCGAGAUAUGGCUGCACAGAGAUAAUCGGAGGACGUGUUGUGUCCCCUCACUCCUGGCCUUAUAUGGCUGCUAUUCAGAGAGAGAAUUCAACUGUGUGCGGAGGAGCUCUUGUGGAAAAGCAAUGGGUUUUGACAGCAGCGCAUUGUGAAUUAAAUGAACCAGAAGUUAGAGUUGUUCUUGGAGCCCACCAAGCAUCCAUAGCUGAAAAAGAACAGCAGAUAUUUAAGGUUAUGCGCUACGUUCCUUAUCCUCAGUUUGACAGGUCUUCCAAGGAAAAUGAUAUAAUGCUCCUCAAGCUGAAUGGUGUUGCAAAGCGGAACAAAUAUGUGCAAACUUUGUGUCUACCUGACUCUUAUGAAGAUAUCAAACCUGGCACAAUGUGCAAGGUGGCUGGCUGGGGAGUCACAUCUUCAGGAAAGCCAUCAAAAUGUCUUCAGGAAACAACUCUUAAAAUUGUUGAUAGAAAAACCUGUCAGAGCAAAUACAAAAACCCAAAAAUAACCAGCAACAUGUUAUGUGCUCUAGGGAAAAAACUCCAUUCAAAGAGAGAUGCUUGCCAGGGAGAUUCAGGCGGGCCGUUAAUCUGUGCUGACCAAUACAGUGGGAUUGUUUCUUUUGGAAGCGGAAAAGGGUGUGGAAGAAGAGACGCGCCUGGAGUUUAUACGCGACUAACUGAAAAAUAUAUUGACUGGAUAAAAAAAACAAUUUCCCAUGACAGAGAUCCAUGAGGCAGGCAAGACAGUUUUGAUAAAUACUCUGCAGUGCAUUAGGCCCAGAUGCUGCUGCUUUAGUGCGCCACCUUUAAAAAGUAGAUCCCAGCUUUAGAGCUUUACUAACAGCACCACAGCUUUAUGAGAACAGUUCAAAAUAUUCCCCUUUGUACGGAGAACAUGUUUGCUCAUCCUUAGUAGGAAACUGCCUCUUAGAUAACACAAUCUGUUUUGCACUUCACCUUACUUCUUAGUGUGAUGGGAAAGUACUGCUCACCUUAUUCAUUGUGGCUGGGAUAAAGCAGUAUUUUUGAAUGUGUACUUACAGAAAAAUUAAGUUCCAGAGUGAUAGUGAAUGAAAUGUCUGAUGAAUGAGAAAAAAAAAAGAACAAAAGCUUUACAUGUUCAAAUAUUUCACUGUGACAUUAUUCAAAACCAAAUGAUUCAAUUCUUCAUUACUAAAUAUUUAAAUAAUUUUCAAAGAGUUAAACUAUUAAAUUAAUAUUUUUCCAAUUGAUCUUCAGUUACGAGAGAGAAAAAAAAAUUCUUUUUCCCCUAGAUUCUUCACUUCUUUGCUUAUUGCCUUAAUAUGUACCGAAUACUGUAAGCUUUGGCAUGUUGCA